UUGACUUUGUUUGAUUGUGUUGCUGGGAUUUCCCCGAGUGCAUGCGGCGAACGACAGUUCGCGCUCGACUUUUGUUUCCGUUGCAGGGUGUUUGUUGAGCAAUCGUAUUCAAAACGAAUAGCAGUGAUCUAACGAUCGAAAUUCACAAACAAAAUGUCUGAACAUUCGGUUUUUCCGAAUGAUUUAGUAUUUGGAAAAUCAAGAAAUGGAAUUGUCAAAUUUGCUGUUGUGGAACAAGUUGGGGGAAUGGAUGAUUCUGAAGAAUCAUCAGAUUCGGAGUUUGAGGAUUUGGCAACGACUCCUUUAGAUAAAGGAUUCAUCAGAGUUACAUGGUAUCCUGAUGGUAAAGAUGAAGUUGUAAAAGAAUCUCAGCUUCAAGUUGUUGAUCGAUCCUGUCUUCCACGAGAUGUUGUUCGUAUAAGAAAUGGGUAUCAGCUCGGUACAGCAAUCAAAACGAAAGUGAUGGGGGAUAUAGGAGUAGUUGGAACCACAAAAAUAUUGAAGAAAGUAAAUGUUUCAGAAUUUUUACCAAUAGUGGCAUUUCAAGAUGAUGACAUGGUAUCAUAUGGACCAUGGUUGGGCCGAGUUCAACUUGUUCUUCAAAAACUUCAACUUAAAUUCAGCAAUGGAGGAAGAGGAAAAUUGGAUCUUGAAAAUAUUGAUGAUGAAGAUCUCAUCAGUGAUGUUUAUCCUCAUCCCAGUGAUGAAGGCGACUUCAACUUGUCACCUUACUAUCCUGGACAAUUUGUUCGAGCUCCUUCAAAAGUGUUCAAAAAUGUUCAGUGGAUUUCAGGAGAUGAAAUCAAGUUCAAACCAAAAACUCAAUACAGGGCUUUAGUGACACAUGUUGAAAUAUAUGGAGUGCAAGUAAAAUGGGGAACAAGAGCAUUUCCAGAAGAUUAUAAGGAGAAAGUAGAAGUGAAUAAGGAGAAGGUAGAAGAAAAACCGGUAACUCAAGAGUAUUCUAUUGAAAAUGGAUCAUCUGUUGAUCCCACUCCCGACUUACAACAUGGAGUGAAUCACAGAAAUGUAGCUGAAACAACUUCAUCUGCUGUUAUUGGUACAUCAGUUGAUAAAAUACCAGAAAAAAAGGAAGAAGAAGAAUUAAAGAAUCCUGCUGAACCUCCGCCUGCUCUCAUCACCAAGGACGAAUUGAAGAAAAUCUACUUGUUGAAUCAUUUCUGGGAAGGACAUGUUUGGUUAGGAGAAAGGUUUCGAUAUCAGUUGAAUGAGGAACAAGCAGAAGAUCUUAAUCAACAAGUCAACAAAAAUAUUAAAAAGACUAAACGAAUGAGAAUGGCUAAAAGAAUGGAACAGAAACUACUUCACAGCACUAGCAAAUCAUCGUUAUCUCCGAGCCUUUCAAGAAAGAGCAGAAAGAGAAGGACACAAGCUAGUGCAUCUCAACAUGAUGACUCAUCAAGUAAUGAUGAUGAAACUGACAAUUCAUCAUAUGAAGAUGAAGAUGAACAGGAUGAGAACGAUGAAAACGAUGAAUCUGCAAUUGCUCCAUCUGGUGGAUCAUGUGCAAGUAUGACAAAAGAAGUGGAAAAUGAGAUUGAAGUUCUUGUCAACAAUGAGAGUGACAUGACUAUAUCAUCUCCUAUUGGUCAGAUACCGAAGAUUCUUGGAGUUAUGUCAUGCAGGGUUGCCGGGUUUGAACUUGACUUUACACUUAUCCAAGAAAGUGGUCCCGUUCCAAAGAGGAAAUUUCAUUGCAAUAUACAAAAUCCUGAAUGUUCUAAGGAAAUCAUUGAAAGAGUCAGUGAAAAAUUUCAAAGCUUCAUGAAAGGAAUGUUAAAAAGGAACAAAGAUUUGUUGAAUGAUUCCGAGUCUUGUGCUACUAUGAUGUCACAAUGUCCACAAGCAAUACGUACCUUUAUUAUGCAACAAUCAUCUUCGAAUAAUCAAGAAAUAUAUUUUGAAUACACAACUGGUGAUAAGCACACAAGUGGCAUGGUUGAUAAAGAUGGGAAAAAGACCGAGGUAGAAUUUGAUGAUGAAAUAGAUCUAAGGACGAUGCCCCGAGAUAUUCAAAUGAUUUCUGAUGUUCUGGAUUCAGUUGUUGCGCAACCUGGUGACUUUGUUCUAACAUCGGGUCCAGUUGGUAUCAAACAAUGUGGUCCUAAUGUGAAGUAUCAUGCUGGACAAUGGGUGACAAUAGAAGUAUGUCGUACCUAUACAACAGUUGAUGUACAAUGGCAGGAUGGCACCAUUGAUUGUGAUGUCAAAUCUUUAGAUCUAUUACCAGCACACCAUGUUGAUGAUAAUGAUUUUUGUCCUGGAGAUUUCGUUAUUGAUAAGAGAGUUGAAGAAGAACCAGCAAACCACGGAAUUGUGAUUAAAGCUGAUAGUCAGAAUAGAAUGAUUAAAAUCCAGUGGAUAAAACAUGGAAAUGUCAGUGAAAUUGAAGAGGUCAGUGCAUAUGAAGUGGCAGACCAUCCAGAAUUACAAUUCAGAAUAUCUGAUAUUGUUGUGAGAGUAAGCAACAUUCAUGGAGAUGGUACAACAGAUUCCCUCGAUAAAGAACACACUGUAGGUGAAUUACUGCGAAUUAAUGAAAUGGGAUUAUUAGAAGUUCUAUGGUCUAAUGGCUCAAUUUGCAAUGUUCAUCCUAGGGAUGUUCUAGCAUUUAAUGAUGAAGACGAAGAUGGAAUAUUUGCCAGCCUUGGUUCCGGUGAUGAUUUUAUGGGAUCUGAUGCCAGUUGGAUGACAGCUUCAUCAGACAGUGAUGACGAUGAUGAUGAUCUGAGCGUUUUAAGCCGCGAUUUUGAUUCUGCUGGUGAUGGCGAUCAUCCGAAAGCGAUCACAAAUGAUAAUUCGAAUUCACAGGAUGCAAAUCAUCAAAGUGGAGAAGGAUUUAACCAUGUUCAUGGAAAUGAUGAGCAACCUGAAAUUCACGAUGAAAAUCAUGAGACAGGACAUGAAAAUGAUCAAAAUGAAAUCACAAAAAUCAAUAUUGAUUCCACAGAUAACAAAGAAAUUAAUACCAGUGAUCCUAAGCUGAAGGGUGAAAUUGGUGAGGGUGUUGGUAUCUCCACUGGCAACGAAAACGAGGCGAUAAAAAGUAAAAUUGCUGGUAUAUCUGGAGAACAGGAUACAACAACUUUAAAUCUGGGAGAAGAUAACAAAGACAAUAAACUCAAAAAUAUGGAGGAUGGCUUGCUGUUUAUUGACGAAAAUCAUAAUUCUGAAAAUGCAAAAGAAAUCCAAGAAAAUGAAUUGAACAUUAACCAAGAAGUCUUCGUCACUGCAACAAUAUCUUCUGAAUCCAUAUCUUCCAACAACACCACUGUUAUUUCAGAAAAUUCAGACAUGAUUUCUUCAUUUUCUGUCGAAUCAUCAGCUCCAGAAUCUCAUCAUUUUAUAAAACGAUAUUUUGAUGAUUCAUCUUCGAAAAUUUUCAUUAAAGCCAUUCAACGUGAUUUGAAGUUAUUACGUACUUCACUGUCAUCUGGUAUCACUGUGAAAGCCUAUGAAGAUAGAAUGGACUUGUUAUCAGUCCUUAUUGAAGGACCAGAAAGAACUCCAUAUGAAGAUGGAAUAUUUUCAUUCGAUAUUCAUCUUCCCAACAAUUAUCCUGAUUCACCUCCGUCCGUUCAUUACAUCUCAUUCUCACCUCGUCUUAAUCCUAAUUUAUACGAAACUGGAAGAGUUUGUGUCAGUUUAUUAGGCACAUGGAGUGGAAAGGGAAGUGAAAGAUGGACAAAGGAUUCAACUAUUUUACAAGUUCUUCUAUCAAUUCAGGGUCUGAUAUUAAAUGGUGAACCUUAUUAUAAUGAGGCAGGAUAUGAAGGGCACAGAGGAACAGCUGAAGGCAUGAAAAACAGUAGAUGUUAUAAUGAAAUGGUAAUGUUGCGGCUUGUCCAACAUAUGACAGCAGUUGUACAGAAUCCACCAGAUGCUUUUGAAAAAGAAGUGAAUGCAUUUUGUACUGAACAUAUAUCACAAUUACUUAAAAGAGUCAGAAAAUUACUCGAUGACGUUGAAUCUUCGGAGAUGGAAUCUGAUGAAACGAUUGCAGCAGUGUCUGAUGUGAAUGGAGUAGAAAAUGAUGAUGCUAAAACAGGUACAAGUAUUGGAUUUCCACUUCUACCAUUGUCAAAGGGAGUCAUGUUAAGUUUAAAAAGUCGAUUGAUCGACCUUGAAAAUGCUGCAAAGGUCAUGGGCCAUCUCUAAACAACUCAAGAUAUGUGACACAUAAUUCUGUUAUUGUACUUCCAAUUCCCUUAAAAUCUUUUCAAGUUCAGUAACUAUUUCUGAUUCCCAUCUAUAUCGAUAUUCUCCAGGAGUGAGUGAUUUGGGAAAACUCCAGUUCAAUUCUUCACUGUUUGAAAUUUCUCUUCCACGGUACUUGUAAUGAUUCAAUAUUUAUUUGAAAUGCCUUCUGCUUGCCUGUUUCUUUAAACCUUAGUAACGUUGCACGUAAAUGUUGCUUUCAUUUUUCAGCGAAACAGUCAUUGUUAAAUUCAGGGUUUAUUUUCUUGUAUGCUCCAUUCAAUAACCAAAAGAUUAUAGAAUUUUCAUCCGACGAAAAAAGUACCCAGUCACAAUCUAAUUAAUAUUUUGCAGAUAUUUGGAUGUAUAAAACGUUCCAACUUUUUGUGUUCCUAAUUUUUCGGUUCGGUUCGUUUUGCUUUGUAUAGAUGAGGGUGAUGUAUUAUAACAAAGGUGAACACUGGUAAAAUAUGUUGAGAUGUUAUAAAAAUACUGUAGUUGAUACUGUGACAACAUAGAGUAAGUCAGCAGUUCCCAAACGUUCUGUUCGGCAUGUAGGCAAUCUGUUCUUCCCCUGAUCUGCCCUCUUUGAAAAACUGCUGACAUAGGUGGUUGUGGAACAAUGUAUGUCUUGGUUACUUAUAAAUCUUUUAUCCAGCAUUGAAAGUAUACACGCUGCCCAUGUUAUAUAAGUUUACUGACGUGAAUUACUUUGUUGCCAUAAUUCGUAAGGUUUGGAAAAAAAUAUUUACUGUCCUCCAACUUAAUAUAAAGUUCGUAAAAUCUUUAUGAUGACACAAUUCAAGAUGUGUCGAACUGAUUUAACAAAAAUGCAAGCAAGCAGUCAAUCGGAUGCUUUUACUAGGGUUAUUGAAUGAACAUAGUUGAUGUACAGGGCAAUUAAUUGUAGCAUUGUGAUGAUUUACUCCAGGUGUACAGAAUAUGAAAUGAUCACUACUGACAUUUUUUAUGUUUCUUUGAGUCUCAAAAAGUGUACUAUUUUUAUGUGAAAUUAUUUUUGAUCUCCAGCAAAUUUUCAAAUUUGGAGGUUCUCAAUAAGAAAGAAUUCAAACUAAUAAGAGAGUAUGAUGUGCGAUACAACACAUUCAAAAUUUCAUGGUAGUGAGGGAUCACUUUGAGAAGCUCGCAAUAUUUGAAAAUUUCAUAGAAAAGUUUGGAAAUAUAAAUUUGUUAUUAAAUUAGGAAUAACUCUGAUAAGUGUAAAGCGCAGCGAAGUUAUCUCUCAUGCCUUGAUAUAAUUCAAACCAACUUAUUGACUGUAUUUGUUUAAUCAUAUAUGUUUGCUAUUCUUCAAUCAUACAUAGAUUGUCGCCAUGUUUGCAUUAUUUUUGUUGUUAUAUCAAUUAAAAAGUAUAAUUCGCAAUGUGUUACACUAGUGUUCCAAUUAUAUAUAUUUCAUUUA